AUGUCAAAGUCAUGCCGCGCCUGUUCCAAUAAACAUUGCCUUAUCCGCAAGUAUGGAUUGAACAUUUGCCGACAGUGUUUCAGGGAGUAUGCACACGACAUCGGAUUCAAGAAGCUGGACUAA